AUUCUGCCAUUGACUUUUACAAAAGAAGUAAAUCAACCAUUCAAGUUAACCAGGAACUUCAUGCAUACUGUUUAAAACAUUUUGAUUUGAGAAGCUGAAUUCAAAUUAAAUUAAAAAUGCAAAGUAAAGAGCGUAACCUUAUUACUGCAGUUGUGGAAGGAAGAACCAAAGAUGUUGUUGAGUUAUUAGAUGACGGGGCCAAUGCAAAUUACGUCGAAAAUAUAUCCGAAAUGGAUGCAACACCUCUCUAUUUAGCCGUAUGUAAUAACGAAAUAGAAAUAGUAAAUAUCUUGUUUCGACAUGGGGCUGAUCCUAAUAUUCCCGAUAAAGACGGCAAAACUCCACUAUUCAUGGCUCUCUACGACAAUGUUCACGUUUCAAUCUUUGAACUUUUGAUUGAUCAUGGAGCAGAUGUGAACUUUUGCAACAUGUCGGGUGAAAAUGCUCUCUUGAGUCUUUUUAAAGAUUGUACAACUAUUGGAGAGAGUAGAUGUUAUAAAAGAAUCAGUAAACUGAUUGAUCUCUCCAAAGAUGUUAUAUCCCCUAACCCAGAAGGAAAAUGUCCAAUUCACUUUAUACAUGUAAUUCAUCCUUCCGAAGAAGUGCAGUCAUCUAAAAAUGAAAAUCAUAAUUGCGUGGAAUUUUUACAGCGAUUAUUGCAGCGGGGUGCAUCUGUGAAUAUAAAAGUUUUAACCAAUAUGACACCGCUUAUUUAUGCUGCAUCAGUAUGUUGUGACCAAGCAAUAGAAUUUUUAUUGGAAAACGGAGCACGUCCAUAUGACGCAAAUAUUUAUGAUGAAUCAGCACUUCAUUAUUUGUCAGAAAACCCAAAUUAUGAAGGUUUCGAAAAAUCGAUAGACUGUUUAAUGAAGUAUGGACUAGAUGUAAAUAUGGAGGAUGUUUUUGGACAAAGUUUACUCCAUCAGAUCAUGUGUUCCGACGAAGUGCAACUGAAUCAUGUACAAUACCUGCUACAGAAAGGGAUGGAUUUUAGAAAAAAAGAUAAAAUGGGAUCCACUGCACUUCAUUUGAUUAUGUCACCACCGGAAGACCCAAUUGAAAACAGCGAAUACGACGAACUCGAAUCAAGAGAUAACGAACUAAUAGAAAUUGUAAAUUUUCUUGUUAAUCGAGGAUUAAAUGUUAACGAGGGUAAUCUUCAAUGUUUGACACCGUUACAUUAUGCUGUUCAAAAGGGGAGAAAACAUCUAGUUCAUAUGUUGUUAAAAAUAGGCGCAGAUCCAACGACAAAAGCGAAAACAGGAGAAACACCAUUUCACAUGGCGAGUCAACAUCCUGAAAUUUUAGAAAUUAUAUUAGAAAAACACUGUUCUGGUAUUGUCAACAUCCAGGAUAAUUUUGGCUCCACUGUUUUUCAUUGGACGAUAUGGUAUCAGGAUAAUGCUUCAUUUGCAGUGCUUUUAAAUAAAGGAUUCGAUCCUGUAGUUAAAAAUUCAGACGGUAAAAAUCCAAUAGAUUAUGCCAAAUUCCUUAAAUAUGAAUAUAUGUUAUAUCAAAUGAUAACUCCAUAUAAAACAUAUAAGUCUGCAGGUGCAAAUGCAAGCGAGCUUGGCGUUUGUCUUAAGGCUUUCCAUAAAAGUCAAAAUGAGCCCGAAGACGAAACAUAUAACAUUAUCCAUUUGCAACACACACAUGAGCGUAUGACGGACAACAAGUUUGAAAACAGAGAAUGUAUAUGCAGAGAAAACAUAUUUGGUGGGUGUCCUUAUUUGAAUAUAUUGAAAUGUUAUGAUCAUGAACUGAAUAUCAGUGAAUGGAAACUACAUUUACAAGACCACAAGGACGCUUUUUGCAAAUUUGCUGGUUUAAUUCGCGAUUCUUGUGACAUGGGGUUAUACUACAACACUGAUGAAAACCAUGAUAUUGCAUUAUCUAUUGAAAAUAUUAUGAACAACCUAGCUCAGUAUGUGAAAAUGAAAAACCCUAUACUUGAGUGUAACGUUACGCUGUCAGGAAGCAGAAAAGAAGGAACAAAGAUAGGACAAAAUGACGAAUUUGAUAUCAAAUGGCAUCUACUAAGAUUUAGCGAGCACGUAGAGCCAAUAGAGCUACCCGAAUUUCCAAAAGGUUUUGUUAAACUAAAACUAAAAGAUGAUGCAAAUCGUGAACUUUUACAAGAAUACGUUGAUGAAAAUGGCUUCAUCGACAGCAUGAAGGUCGUCAGAAGUAUGUAUUCAGCCAUUAAUUUGGCUUUGUUAAAUAAUGAUGUUCUAAAAAGUACAAAUCUUUAUCUGAAAUCCUUUCUGGAUCUACACAAAGGUUCGAUUUCUAAUCUAAAUUUUCGAUGGACUGGUAAAUCAUUCAAGGAUCUUGAUAUAUCGGUCGACAUUGUUCCUGCUGUAGCACCAACAAAAUGGCUACCAAAUACCAUGAACUUGCACAAUAAUCUAAUGAAUCAGUUACAUUUGGAACCAAAUUAUUCAGUUGUGUUCAAAACUCCUGCCUCGGAGGUGUUUAGAGAUUGGAAUAUACUUCUUAGAAUAUCAACAGCAGAUGUCGAAGCCGAUAUUAUAAGAAGUACGACACCGUCAAUACGAAAAGGGUACAUUUUGUUGAACGCAUUACAUAAAUCCGAAUAUUUCCCGACUGUUUGGGACAAAGACGACGACGAUGAGCCAAGCGUAGAAUAUCUUACUACAUACAUGCUGAAAUCAUGCUUUCUCUACGAACUAGAAAAGUAUUUAGAGCAAUAUAAUUCAAACGAACAGUCAUCUGUUGAACCGGAUGUGGACUCACCACCCGAUUGGGCAUACAGGAUAACUAGAAGAAUGCUUGUCUGUGUUCAAAAUCAGAGUAUGCCUGUAUUCUUUUUUCCAGAGGUCAAUCUACUUCACACGUACACCCUCAAUCGAAUCGUCAACCUACAUAUAUACAAAGCACAGUGUGAAUGUUUAAAUGAAAUGGCACGCUUUGCUGAUGAAAUACUAAACAAAUAGCAUUGUGAACGUCUCGGAGAUAUAUAUUACUAGUAUGAUUUAGGCUACAUUAUUAUAUAUGCAGCAGAAGCUUGCAAAUUUGUAUGUUAUAUUUCAUUAGUAUGAAUGAUUGACGGCUCUUUUAAUUUUUAAUGCUCUCAAACGUUUAAUGGAUUUAGUUAUCUAAGCUUUUAUAGUUUCGAGCGUUCCUGGUGAAAGUUAUUCCAGAAAGUCGUGUCGUGCGGGCUGCUAUAUUUGUUUUUCAUAUAACCUUUUAAAAAAUUCUAUUUUUAACCAUCUUAAUUAUUAAAAUGAAAAUAAUUGUGUCGUUGAAGUAAAACAGUUUAUGUCUAGUUCGUUAUAUUUAAUUAAUGAAAUUUAUUAAGUUUUGUUUUAGUUCUUUCCUACGUUUGAUUAUUAAUAAAUUAUAAUGUACGUU